AUGGAUCCCCGGGGCAACCCGUACAGGACUCCGUCGCCUGGCCACCCGCUUCAGCAGGGAUACCAGCUCGACGACAAUCCGUACGGCCACCACCCUCAGAAUCCUCAGAUGCCCAAUAUUGGCCGACUGGCCAGUCCGAGUGACCAGCUACACAUCAACCCCGCGCACCCGUCGGACUACGCAAUAAACCCAGAAGCCCAUCACGAUGCCUACUAUAACGCUCCGUAUGAGCCGCAUCCCCACGACCCUCAAGGCUACGACCAGCCGGGUUACGACCAGCCUGGCUACGACCAACCGGGCUAUGACCAGCAAAACUACGAUUAUGACGACCAGCGGCCGAUGCUCUCUCACCAGAACACCGAUCUGCCCCUCAACCAAGUGGAAGAGACUCGGCCUGUCACGCCGACUGGUGGCAUCAAGAGGUGGAAGACGGUGAAGCAGGUGCUCCUGUACCGCGGUAACCUGGUGCUCGAUUGUCCGGUGCCACCCGUUCUGCUGCGCGAAAACCCCCACGGCGAACGUGAUGAGUUCACGCACAUGCGAUACUCGGCCGCGACCUGUGACCCCAAGGACUUUUACGAUGAAAACUUCACCCUGCGCCAGAAGCUCUUCAGCAAGCCGCGCCACACCGAGCUCUUCAUCGUCGUCACCAUGUAUAACGAGGACGACGUUCUGUUUGCGCGAACCAUGGUUGGUGUUUUCAAGAACAUUGAAUACAUGUGUAACCGCCCCAACAGCAAGACGUGGGGUAAGGAUGCCUGGAAAAAGAUUGUCGUCUGCAUCGUCAGCGACGGUCGUGCCAAGAUCAACCCCCGAACAAGGGCCGUGUUGGCUGGUCUUGGAGUCUAUCAGGAGGGCAUCGCCAAGCAGCAAGUCAACGGAAAAGACGUGACUGCCCACAUUUACGAGUACACUACCCAGACUCACUUGCAGCUGAACAAGGACGUCGUCUCACUCGUCCACCGCCGACAGCCCGUGCAGCUGCUUUUCUGCCUCAAAGAGAAGAACGCCAAGAAGAUCAACUCUCACAGAUGGUUCUUCCAGGCGUUUGGCCGUGUCUUGGACCCCAACAUUUGCGUCCUCAUUGACGCUGGUACGAGGCCUGGUGGUAGCUCCAUCUACCAUCUCUGGAAGGCGUUUGACCUGGAGCCCAUGUGCGGAGGCGCUUGUGGUGAGAUCAAGGCCAUGCUGGGCACGGGCGGCAAGAAUUUGAUCAACCCCCUCGUUGCCACGCAGAACUUUGAGUACAAGAUGAGCAACAUUCUCGACAAGCCCCUGGAAUCAGCCUUUGGCUUCAUUUCCGUGUUGCCCGGUGCUUUCUCAGCCUAUCGAUAUGUCGCUCUGCAAAACGACAAGAACGGCCAGGGCCCCCUUGAAAAGUACUUCUUAGGCGAGACUCUGCACGGUGGUGGCAAGGCCGGUCUCUUCGAGUCCAACAUGUACCUGGCCGAAGAUCGUAUCCUCUGCUUCGAGCUCGUCACCAAGCGGAACUGCCACUGGAUCCUGCAGUACGUCAAGUCUGCCACCGGAGAGACGGACGUGCCCGACACGGUGACGGAGCUGGUUCUCCAGCGUCGUCGUUGGCUCAACGGAUCCUUCUUUGCCGCCAUCUACGCCAUUGCUCACUUCCACGACUUCUUCCGCUCCGACCAUUCCUUCUUCCGAAAGAUGGCCUUCUUCAUCGAGUUUGUGUUCAACACCGUCAACAUGAUUUUCGCGUGGUUUGCCAUUGGCAACUUCUUUUUGGUUUUCAAGAUUCUGACGACGAGUCUGGGCUCGGAUACUCUUUUGGGCAAAACCGGUGAGAUCUUGGGCGUUGUCUUCGAAUGGCUCUACGGCGUCAUCCUCAUCACCUGCUUUGUCUUGUCCUUGGGCAAUCGGCCGGCGGGUUCCGGCAAGCUGUACUCGGCCAUGGUCUGGUUCUGGGCAAUCAUCAUGAUUUACCUGAUGUUUGCCGCCAUUUUCAUCGCAGUCAAGGCCAUCAUCGCAGAUCUCAACGACGGCGACGGAUUCAACAUUAGCCAGCUGUUCAAGAACCAGGUCUUUUACACGCUCAUCGUGUCCGUCAUGUCGACGUAUGGCAUCUGGCUCAUUGCAUCCCUCCUCAUGUUUGACCCGUGGCACAUGAUUACGUCCUUUAUCCAGUACAUGCUCCUGACGCCUACGUUCACCAACGUUCUCAACGUCUACGCCUUUUGCAACACCCACGACGUGUCCUGGGGUACCAAGGGCGACGACAAGGUGGAGAAGCUGCCGUCCGUCAACACCAAGGAUGGCCAGGGCAAAACCGAUCUUCCCGACGAGGGCGACUUGAACGCGCAGUACCAGCGAGAGGUUGCGCUGUUCAGCGUCAAGUACAAGGAGGUGAAGAGGGAUCCGACGCCGGCGGAGCUGCAGGAGAAGCAGAUGGACUACUACCGAGGUGUGCGUACCGGUGUCGUGCUCAUCUGGAUGAUUACCAACUUUGCCCUUGCCGCCGUGGUCUUGAGUUCGGCCGGUCUUGAAAGAAUCACGCCGGGUGACCCGCAGGACCAGGAGGCGCAGCAGACGGAGCGGUCCAAUAUUUACAUGGCGGUCGUCCUGUGGAGUGUUGCCGCUCUCAGUAGCUUCAAGUUCUUGGGAGCCAUGUGGUUCCUCAUUGUCAGAAUGUUCAGGGGUGUUUGA